AUGUCUACUCAAAGUAUCAUCGAUCAUUUGAAUCAUGGCCAUCAACAUAAUCUUGAAGAUUUGUUAGUCGUGUACGGAAAACUUUCCAAAUCAGAACUCGGUUCUCCGAAGGUGGCAAAAAUCGACUUGAAAAGUUUGACGAUCAGUUACGGUUCAGAACCUAACAGAAAGUCAAAGAAGAUUGAAUUUCUACAGUCGGUGAAAUCCUAUGAUGAUUUUGAGGAUGUUGUGCUCAGUAUGUUCGAACAGGCUGCUGAUAAAAGGGGAUUCUCCGCCUAUAAGAUCACCACCAUUCCUCUUGCCAGUAAACCUCUUGAACUUGCCUAUUGGGUUGCCUUUAUGUUGCUUGUCUUUUUGGCCUUUGCUCCAGGAACAACCGUUGACUUACUUGUAAAUCAAUUUGGUCUUUCUCUCAACAGAGCUGUGACCUUCAAUCAGGUGGCUCGUUGGAUUAUCAAUACCCUUUGUGUCACCCACAGUACGGAGACUGCAAUGACUCUCAAUCCUCAGUUGGCUGCUCACAGAGUUCCAGUUCCGAAAAGAAUGGUUGCCUGCUUCCUAUGUAUGAUCGAGGGUGUCUUUUUCAUCAGGCGUUUUGAGAGAGAGGUCAAGAAAGCAGAGGGAACUAAGAUGAAAGUCAAUUGA